GCUUUACCAGUAUUUGCAACUGCAAUUAAAAAAAUUCGGUUCCGCCAUAAACAGAGGAAUAUUCUCGCAGAUGAAGAAGGGGAAGAAGCUAUGUUUUCCUCCUUUGCCCUUGAGGAGUUUAUAAUCAGAUUUGCCAAACGCAGAUUAAAAAUCACAAAUCCCGAAGCUAAUGUUACCAGCAAAGAACUGGGUAAGUUGAAGAAAAACUGGUUAUAUUUUGUUAAAAAACAUUGUUAUCGUUACCAUUGUCUUUGCCGUUAUUGUUACCGUUAUCGUAUCUGUUAUCGUUAUUGUUAUCGUCAUCGUUGAUGAUGUGACUAUUUUCAUCAUCAUUAUUAUUUUACUAUAGCGUUUCAAGUCAGACGUAAUGUUCACCGAAAAGGAAGGGAUUUUCUCUUCAAUGGAAGCAAUGGGGAGAACUUUAUCAAGAUUCCCUCAGCUAAUCUACAUCCGAAUGGUAGGUGUAUUCAUUUUGGUUUAGUUCUUCACUUCUCGGCGAACCUGGAAAUUCAUUGGACUUCAUUUUUAUCUGCUCUUUUUCGCAUAGUAGGACCAACAGCUCGUAAGUGGUCGAUUUCAUUUUUUUUUAAAUUCAGUUCUCCUUCCUCUUAAAAAUAGGAUCCGUAGUACUCGGGAUUGAAUACAACAGCCUUCAGGAGCUUUUUUCAAACUACUCAGCAGGCUCUGGAGGAACCAACAAAACCUGGUUUGUAAAUUUUAAAAUAUAAGCCACAGACAGAAAAAAAAAAAAAAAAAAAAAAAAAGAGGCUAAUUUGUGAUUGCUGAGUUUGGUUUAUUUCAGGAUACUGGACAGUAAAAUUAUAUCCGCUGUAGUAGAUCCUUUGCUAGAAGUGCUAACAGAGAACGUCACCUUGGUUUUUCAAAACACGAAGGUAUUUUUUUCUUUUUUUAUCAUUUUCCUUUGUUUGUUUGCUUGUUUGUUUUUGUUUUUCUUUAUUUGUUCCUUUCCGUGGCUACGGGUUCCCAUUACAGUCGAUGUAAGUUAGGAUUAAGUUCGCGUUACAUUGUAUGAGCCCCAAACCAAUCACAUUUCAUCGCAUUUCGACUCCUUAAUUGAAAUACAAAAAGUAAGAGAAAAAAAAAAUGUCAUUUCCUAACCAUAUUCUUUAAUACUCAAAUUAACUUUUGUUGAAAACAAAUUUAGACCUCAUUUGUGGGGUUGCCCCAGGGACCUUCAUGUUGAGAAUUACCAUUUGACUUGGAGGGUAACACUAAUAUUCUAUAACUGAUGACGCCUUACUAGUCAGCUACUAGUAAGGCAUCACUGGGGCGAGCGCUGAAGCCUCACUAUAUUACCCUUUCAAUCACAACACUUGACUCUAUUUUUCCUUUAGGUGAAUCGUAAAAAAAGAACAUGUGUAUUCUGGAGCUUCUCUGAAGAAAAGUAAGCACUACAGUGGCAUAAAUUUUAUUAUUUCAUCGUAAACGAAGCUCAAAGUAUUAGAAAUCACUUUGGAGAUAUGAGUAGAGUGAACUGGAUUAUUUUCAGGUGGAGGGAGAGGGAGGUUUCUAAUUGAAAAAGUUAUUUUGACUCCUUUCUCCUUGUCUUAUUCGUUUUUAAAGCUUUGGGGGUUGGUCAAGUGAAGGAUGUCAAACAAAGAUGAUAUCAGAUCAUUACACGGAAUGUGUUUGCAAUCAUCUCACCCACUUCGCUGUACUCAUGGAUUUCACCAACAAUGCUGAUGACGGGAAGGUGACUAUUUUUUGUUCUACAAAAUAAAAUUAUAUGGACCUAAAAAGGUACAUAGAAGCAUAAAAGUAUCGCAUUUAUUUUUAUUUGUUAAUAUAAACACUUCCUUUGAUACAGAUAAAAUAAUUAUGACCUUUACAGUUUUUCAAUCAGGAUAAAACUCGUUCGUCAGAUGAGCAUGACAAAAUAUUGACACUCCUUACUCGAGUAGGGAUGGCUUCAUCUCUCACCGGAGUCGCACUAACAAUUAUCAGCUAUCUUCAGCUCACGUAAGUACAUUUAAUUAACACUGAUAUCCCUUGAACUGUAUUGUGAGAAAUUAACUAUAUCUAAAAGGAUGGAAAAUAAGUCGUCAAAUCAGUUUUGGAUCGAUGUCAGCACAGAUCGACCGUAUCUGGAAAAGAAAUCAAACGUUUUGAGAUGAUCUUUCUUAAAAAAUGAUAUUUCAAUGGAAACUUUCUGGUCAGUAUUCUUUUAUUCAUUCGUUAUUCACAAAUUAAUUCCUAUAAAAAGUGUAUUAUGUCAGCAUAAUUAUAUUAUUCGUUCGUUUGGUGGAUCAUUUGCAGUUGUCUUUUUGAUGGUUUCCUUUACAAUUCAUUGAUCCUUUUAGUCUGACUGCUAAAUCGAUUUCAAUUAGUUACUAUUUAUUGGCUCGUUUGCAGAGACAGAAACUUACCUUUGUGUCACAUACGGGUUAGUCUGACAUCCUGCAUUGGAGCAGGACAUAUCAUCUUUUUCGCUGGAAUCGACUUCACUGAAAACCAGGUGACUCUUUGAACCUCCUGUUCUUGUAAUUGUUUGUUUGUUUGCUUGUAUUUAAUUUGGUCCCAGCUUCUUAAUGAUUUGAAGACUGACUGAUCCAUCGAGUGAUUCUUUUUCUUGUUCUUGUUCUUUCUUUUUUUUUUUCCCUCGGUUUUGCAUGUUUUCUAUGUCGUAGUUUUGCCUUGUUCGUUCUGUUUAUUUUGGUUUCUGUUUCUUUCUGUUUUUCGGAUUAUUAUUUCGGCAAAUACCAUUUGACGGGAAAAUUAUAACACUUUUACGGAUUAUCUAUUUCUUGCAGGCUGCUUGUGUAGCUGUGGCAGCUCUUAUGCAGUAUUUCCUGAUGGCCAGUUUUUGCUGGAUGCUUGUCGAGGGGAUUUAUAUCUAUUUAUUUGUUGUAAAGGUUUACAACAUUACCGAUAAAAUGUAUCGCUAUCAUGGCUUUUGCUGGGGUGAGGAGAUUGUCAACAAAUGAGAAAAAUGGGAUAGGACUUGAAGAAAUACUUGAGGAAAUAUCUCGAUUCUGAUUUGCAAAAACCAAACUGAACAAAAAGAUCUUAAAAUGGCUUUGUUUUUUAAUUCUUCAAAUGAACACACGCAUUUUUUGGAAACCAUUGCAUCGUCUCGAGUUGUACCUAAGCUAAUAGUUAAAUAUUCCCUGUGCUCAUUAGAGUUAGUUAUAAAUGCAAAUUUAGUUGGCUGAAGUAAGGCAGCUUUGUCGAAUUUGCGGUGAUUUAGUAAUUUCAUACCCACAGCCAAAAGGUUUCGAGAGUUAACAACAUAAAAAAUCACAUUGAAAAUUCAUAUAAUCGCGUAACAACUUACCGUCGGUGGUUUAUUAAAAUCAUCAACUUCUACAGUCAUCGGCUUUGGCAAAUGUAAUAACACUAGAACUUGAUUAUUUUUGCUAUAAUGUCUAACUUAAACUGGCAAUCUUUUAUCUUUACUUUCCUCAGGACUGCCUGCAAUCGUAGUUGCUGUAUCUCUGCCAAUCGCUGCAGGAAAUGAUGGAAUCGAAACUUUUGUCAAUGAUGAAAAGUAAGUUUUAAAGUUUGUUAAUUUUAUCGACUGCAUACAAAAUGGUGGAAGCCUGAAUUCAUGAACCUGAAAAAAAAGGGGGGAAUGGGGGAAGGUAAAGGAGAAAAAUCCUGGUGCCAUAGUGUGACCUUCCCUUUUCCCUGACUCCUAUAUUUUGUGAACCAGGACUAAGGAAUGCAAGGGCUUAAUAACAGAAACCUGCAGCCCUUUCAACUGGCCUCCCUUCCCCCCCCCCCUUACCCACCAGGCACCCCCUUCUUUCAAGCUGCAAGCUGUGGAUCUCUCAAUGUAUUACAGUACAAGUAGUGGAAGAGUUUUUUAAUGUAACGUAAAGGCAACAUGCUGUAUCAAAAAUGAGUUUGGAUUUGACAUUCUGCCAUGAAACACCUUUAAAUGCUGCUAUCGACGUAGAAAACAAAUUUAAACUUUGUUCCACUGUGCCUUUUUUUUCUAAUUCUAAGCUGCUGGAUGUCCUCCUCUAAUAAUAUCAUCUGGAUAUUUGUUUCCUUUGUUGGACUGAUCGCAAUUGUAAGUGGCAACAGAUUGAAUUUCUUCGAUGGAUACCAGUUUUAGUCAUCUGAAAAUAUUUGUUUCACCGUUGAUUAGAUCAACAUUUUUUCGAUCAUUUCUAUUCUCUUGAUGAGUCUUUAAAAUUCCUAUUGGAAAACUUACAACAGAAGCAAGGGCAAUAAAAAAAUAUCCGACAGUUCCUUUUUUCCCUUUUCAUCUUCUCCCUCUUCUUUUGUUUUCCUUUUUAAUAACUGAAGAUUAACAUGAUGAUCCUCGUGCGAGUUAUCAAGGAAUUAACAACAAUCCAACAUGUGAAGGGGAGCCAAACUGAGCAGAUCAGGUGGGAUUAUUAGUGUUUCUUCUCCUUAAAUGCCUUGCUUGUUACAAAGAAAAACUGGCCUAGACAGGCUUGACAGGCUUUGAAUGACGCCCUAGCACAUAAAAUAUGGUGAGUUUUCGAUGGAAGACCUUCAAAGUGCUUCUUUUGUCACUCCCAACAUUAUAUCGCAACUAUUCAUUACCUUCAAUUUAAGAGUCUUCAAUCUUUCUUUAUUUCAGCUUGUGGGAAAAAGAUUUAGAAUUCAGUUUAACGCUUGGGUUUUCAAAGUGACUAUUCAUUUGGUCUCUUUCAGGCUUGGUGUUCGUGCAUGCGUGGUGUUGGUCCCAUUGCUGGGUGUCACGUGGCUGGUUGGCUUCCUUGUGCCGUUACACAUCGCCUUUUCCUACAUUUUUGUAAUCCUUAAUUCCAAUCAGGUAACGUCGUCUAAAAUCUUAAAGGUUUGUUCAAGCAUUUGCUUACCCAUGGGUAGAGAUAAGAGCGUACUUACAACGUGAUAAGCGUCAGAAAUACUGAAAAGCGCCUCCAUAUCUCAGGAUAAUUCAGAAUAACUUUUAGACACCAGACCCGUGACCCUCCGUAAAUAAGCCGACUCGCGACCAUUUAAACCUUCCUUUUGCACUUGUAUUUUUUAUCUUUAAAGCCUUAGCUCUGCUUAAAAAUGAUAUUAGAGUCAACAUGAACUACAUCUGACGGAUAGUGUUAUAUUCGGGAAAAUAAGCCUCAGAUAAGUCAACAAUCGUAGAUGAUAAGGAAAAGAGAUCUCUAGCAGAGUUGUUCUAAAGGACACAACCCUACAUUGACGACAAAAAAAAAAAAAAAAAAAAGAAAGAAAGAAAGAACAGAAGAGUAAAGCUGCUUUUAUUUCUGUAUCUUUUUUCUUAUUUGUUUUAUUAUCAACUAAUGGAGUUUUAUCUAUAUUUUGUCGAAGGGAUUCUUUAUUUUCUUCUGUCACUGUUUGGGAAAUAGUGAGGUAUAUAUGAAUUUUGAGUCUCUGUAAUUCAUAUCAAGAAAAACUUGUUAAACAUAAUAAGUACCUCUGAUUUUACCUUUAAUUCCUAUCCAGAUAAGGGGGCGUUUCAAAAGAAGAAUCUUAAAAGUCCCCCCAGAUGCAUCUAAUCAAAGGCAAGGUGACAAUAGA